CUCAACCGAACCAGCCACUCAGACACAAGUGGCGCGCCUAUCAUAGACGUCCAGGUACUAAUUGCCCAAAGAAACAAAGGAAUUUUCCUCGCUCUUUGGCAGAGGGCUGAACUUGAAGCGAGCCAACAAGACCGACAAUGUUGCCCAAUGUGCAGAUGGAGUAAGCACUAAACUGGCCGUACCUGCCCCGUCGUACAGGCAGGUACUUUCGAUGAGGCGCCUGACGGAUUGAUAAAGCUCGCUCUUUCCCAACAUCGUUUGUGUGUCGACUGACACUCUGCAACUGUCUGAUGAGGUGGCAAGUGGGAUCCAUUACUCCUUCAUACCAAUGGCACUGUUAGCCCACUUUCUUCCCGAGCCCUCGAGUUGGACAGGCAUUGGUCUGCUCUCUCUCGGGUUCGUUGCUAUCCUCUACGUGGUCGAGAAAGUCUUCUUUGCGCAACCUCUUCCUAAGGGCGUCCCUUUCAUCCGAGAGCCGCCGGGGGCUACUCGCUUCAGUCUCAAGACACGAUGGGCUUAUAUCACAGACUGCGUCAAUCUCCACAAGGAGGCUUAUGAGAAGUACUUGGAUAAAGGCCAGGCCGUCGUCAUUCCUGGAGUUGGCUUUCUCAAUGAGCUCAUCCUGCCUCCGAGCUCCUACAAAUGGAUCAAUACAUAUGACGAUGACCGCUUGAGCGCUUCCCAUGCGUUUGCCCAAUAUGACCAGAUUGCCCACUCGCUGGGCAAUGACAUAUUUCUCGUCGAUCCAUGGCAGGGGACGGUUGUCAAGAAUGAACUCAUUCCCUCGUUGGACAACCUCAUGGACGCUCUGAACGACGAAGUGGGCGUUGCCUUCGAUACGUACCUAGGUACCGCUCCUGGAGAAUGGGUUGAAGUGAACAUUUUCGAUGUCAUCAAAAGGGUCAUUGCUCAGGCAAACAGCCGCUUUACCAUUGGUCUUCCUUUGUGUCGUAGCCCAGAGUACCUGCAAACCUCCCUGGACAUAAACGAGCAGUUCGUUACCACCGCCGGCACCGGUCUCGCAUCCCCGGGAGUCCUCCGACCCUUCACCACACGGCUUGCCGCCAUCGGCCUCCGGUUGAACCUUCGGAAACUCGGGAAGCUCCUCCACCCCAUCUACGUCCAACGUCUCGAGUACCUCAAGCGUCCGCGCACCGACGCCGACCCAAACGAGCCACGCGAUCACUUCCAGAUCAUGCUCCGCUACGCCCAACGCGAGCGGCCGCACGAGCUCGGCGACUUUAAGAACAUCACCACGCGUCUCGCCGUCGCCAACUUCGGGUCGAUGCACCAGUCCGCCUUCAUGAUCACCAACAUGAUCCUGAACAUCCUCAGCUCCGACAAGGAGUUCGACACGGUUUCGGUGCUCCGCGACGAGCUCGAGCGCGUGGCCCACUCGGACGGGAACCCGAACACGUGGACCAAGGCCAAACUGGCCAAGAUUGUCCGCGGCGACAGCGUGCAGCGCGAGACGAUGCGGCUGCACACUUUCGGUGGGCGCGUCCUGUUCCGCAAGGCGUUGACGGAUGGCAUCGUCACGGAUACCGGGCUGGAAUUACCGAAAGGGUGCACGUUCUCGGUACUGAGCUACGCGGCGCAGACCAGCGAGAGCAAGUACGAGCAGUCCAAGAAGUUUGAUCCGUUCCGGUUCUCGAGGAUCAGAGAACAGCAGGUGGGUAAGGAAGGGGGGCCGCCGCUUACGUUUGUGUCGACGAGUCUGGAUUAUUUGCCGUUUAGCAAUGGCAAGCAUGCCUGCCCGGGACGGUUCUUGAUUGACUUUGAGAUCAAGAUGGCCAUGGCUUACUUGUUUGGGAAUUACGAUGUUGAGCUGCCGCCGGAGUAUAAGGGGGAGAGACCGCCUACUGUUUGGUUGACGGAGGCGCAGUUUCCGCCGAGGGAGGCGAGGAUGAGGGUGAGGAGGAGGGAGAAGGUUUGAGUCUGCAACUUUGAUGUGGUCUGAGACAACAUCUUGGAUAGGAGGACAGUAUCUAGAGAUAGAUUUUUAACAAGAAGAAGGGAGAAAUAUAAAGGGAAGCAGUAGCCGCACCAACCCCAAAUCUACGCGCAACCUGUCUCAUCG